UUUGCUCGGUCCCGGAGAGCCCCGGCGGCGCGGCGCGCUGUGGACGCCGCCCGGAGCCCGCCGCGCGCGCGAGCUUCCCCGCCGCCUCUCCGCUCGCAUCCACCCCCCCACCCCCGCCCUUCCCAGCCGGGCGGGCUGGGCCGCGGCGGCCGUGUCCGGGCGCUCACGCCUCGGCCGGCGGUUUCGGUCAGACCCGGUUUCGACUGGGGACGGCGGGCCGGGCGGAAGGCCGGAGCGGCAGGGGACGCGCGGCGGAGUGGGGACGGUCCCGCGCCGACUUGGGCGAAGGCGGCAGGUGCGCGGUGAGGCGCGGGCGCGGGGCGCGGACCCCGGGAUGCGGACGCCCGUGGUGAUGACGCUGGGCAUGGUGCUCGCGCCCUGCGGGCUGCUGCUCGACCUGACGGCCACGCUGGCGCCCGGCUGGCGGCUGGUGAAGGGCUUCCUCAACCAGCCGGUGGACGUGGAGCUGUACCAGGGCCUGUGGGACAUGUGCCGCGAGCAGAGCAGCCGCGAGCGCCAGUGCAACCAGCCGGACCUGUGGGGCUACUUCGACGCCGAGCCCGUGCGCGUGGCGCGGGCACUCAUGGUCACGUCGCUGGCCACCACGGCCCUGGGGCUGCUGCUGGCGUCGCUCGGCGUGCGCUGCUGGCAGGAGAAGCCGCGCUUCCCGCUGGCCGGCCUCUCGGGCGUCGUGCUCUUCGCCGCCGGCCUCCUCAGCCUCGUGCCGGUCUCCUGGUACAACCACUUCUUGGCCGACCGCACCGUCCUGCCCGCCGACGCCAGCCCGGUCACGGUGCACGUCAGCUACAGCCUGGUGCUGGGCUACCUGGGCAGCUGCUUGCUGCUGCUGGGCGGCUUCUCGCUGGCGCUCAGCUUGGCGCCCUGGUGCGAGGGGCGCUGCCGCCGCCGCCGCAAGGAGCCCCCCGGCAGCCCGCGCCGCAGCAGCAUCAGCACGGUGCACGUCGACUGGCCCGAGCCCACGCUCCCGCCCGCCAUCAAGUACUACAGCGACGGCCAGCACCGGCCGCGGCCCGCCGAGCUCGGCGCCGCCCGCAAGCCCAAGGCCGGCUUCCCCAUGCCGCGGCCGCAGCCCCGCGCCUUCAGCAACCAGCUAGACGUGCUCCGCGGGGAGGACGCCCGCUCCCCCGGCGACUCCUUGGGCAGCACCGGGUCCUGCCACGCCUCGCUGCCCUGCGACUCCGACCUGUAGACGGCGCCCCCCCCCCCCGCCCCCGCCAGGCCUGCUCUGGGCCGGUGAUGCGCGGACCAAGGACUCGCCCUACCGUGUCCAGCCUUGAACUUGCCUGUUACCUUGCGGCUGGAAAACACCUGACUCGGAGUCCGAACCCGGGACGCGUUCCUGUAACUGGUUUGGAGGGUGAUCUUCCUUUCUUGUGGCUAAGCUAGACUUCUUGGACGAUUAGGUCAGGUUGGGUUUGGUUUUCUGUCUGUAGAAUUUAGUUUUCCUCCCCAGAGGGAUGAGGAUCCUCUUACGGAGUGACGGGCUUUUCAUACUGGAAGCUGAAAGAGAUCUAGAAAGGGCGCCUUUCAUCGUGUUGACACGGGGCGAAAAGUCAAAAUCAGCAAAAAGAGGCUCAGAAACCAUGUUAACACCUUGAAACAGUAUCCGGAAAUGCCAGCGAACCUUAUUACAUCAAUAUAAUGUUUUUUCCGUUGUAUAAUUUAUUCUCCUGCAGGCUCUCAAGAGACCGAUAUACUGGCUAUGUUUGAUUGAAGCUCUUAAAAUAAACGUAGAGCCAUGCAA